AUGGCCGAUAAGUCAUCCGAAAACGCGGCUGAAGUCGCUACGCCCGUCGAUGGUGCUGGCGCCGCUGCUGCUAUAGCUCAAGACACCAAGGCUGACGAGACCAAGUCGGAGGGUGACGCUGGCGAGAAGAAGGACAACAGUUCCACAGAUGAAUUCAAGUCGGCAGAUGCUGCUGCUGCUGCUGCUGCUGAUGAUGAUGAUGAUGCUACGAUCGAUAGGCCAGCUUCGAAAAAGGAGGACGUUACCGGUCAAGAUGACGCCGAAGCAAAAUCUACCGCAGAACCCACCUUUUUUGACGGCGAUACUACUACAGUUACCAUUGCCGACACCCCGACUGCCAAAAACAAGAGCAGUCGCCGAAGAUCAGUAGGCGGCGGCCUCAGCCGAAAGGGAUCCAAGGCUCGUCUCACCCACACCGACGCUAAGCCAGGGGAUCAUUUUCUGGUCAAACUCAAGGGCUUCCCUGCUUGGCCUGCCAUUAUAUGUGACGAGGAUAUGCUGCCUCAUGCGCUAGUCACCAGCCGACCCGUCUCGGCUGCUAGACCGGAUGGCACGUACUCUGAGCCUUUUGCCGACGGUGGCAAGCGUGUCAAUGACCGAACUUUCCCGGUCAUGUACUUGCAUACCAAUGAAUUUGGCUGGGAGAAAAACACAAACCUGUCCGAGCUCGGUGCCGAGAAAGCCAAGGACACCAUUAACGAUAAGAUGCGUAAAGAUUUGAAAGCUGCCUAUGAAUUGGCCAUUGAGCAACAUCCAGUCGACUACUACAAGGACAUCUUGAAGACCUUCCAGGAAGAACUGAUGGCUCAGGAAGAGGCGGCACGACAAGCCGCUGCUACGCCGAAGAAGGGUAAGAAGGGCAAAAACAAGGCGACUGAAGAAGAGGACACCGAGAUGGUAGACGUCGACGCCUCUGCCAAGAAGUCAAAGAAGCGCAAGGCUGAAGACGAGGUUGCUACGCCCCAACGGACCGACUCUGUCAAAAAGCCAAAGAUCAAGCUCAACACGUCAUCUACACCAAAGGCAACCAACGGUGCUGCUGCUGCCCUCAAAGUAGGCGGAGGAUCCGCUGCCAAGGGUACCAAGGCCAAGGCCAAAAAGGACAAGGAUGCUACCACCAAAGAGGGCGGUGAGAAGAAAAGUGAAAGCUCCAAGGAGAGUAAGAUGUCGCCUGAGGAGCGUCACAAGCGCAAAGUGAAGGAAGUGUUGUUCUUGCGCCACAAGCUUCAGAAAGGGCUUCUGACGCGGGAGCAGAAACCCAAAGAGGAGGAAAUGCAGUCAAUGUCAGACUUUAUAACCAUCCUGGAGAAGUUUGGCAAUCUCGAAGUAUCUAUCAUCCGUGAGACCAAGAUCAACAAAGUAUUGAAGGCGAUUCUUAAGCUUGUUGAAAUUCCACGCGAAGAGGAAUUCCACUUUAAAAAGCGAUCGCAAACCCUUCUUGACAAAUGGAACAAGCUUCUUGCUGGUGAUACGUCCGGCAAUGUUGUCAACGGAAAUGCUGACGGUCAUGGCGAGGGUAAGAAGGACGACUCUAACGGUGUCAAGGCAGAUGGCGAAGCAAAGGCUGCUGAUCCUGCCACGGAGUCCGAGGCUGACAAGACCGAAGCUGCCGAGCCUGCUGCUGCGAAGGUUGCCGAUGAGUAA